GUUCACUGAACCCCAACGACGACGAGCUCUGUAUUUCUUUUUUUUCCACGUAUAAAUAACUCAGUGGCAAAUGAGUUUUUUUUUUCCUUAUCAUUUUCAACCUGUUAACCAAAAAUGUAGCAAUAUUGAAGGCCAACAUUUUUUGCGUGUGGACUACGUCAUCGAUGACGCGUGAUUAGCUUGGGAUGAGAUUUGUCGAAUCCUCAAUUGAGUCACACAACUUGUACUUGAACUACUUUAAGUUAACAUUCACAUUCGUACAGUUCUACCCGUGCGUGCGUGCGUGCGCGUCUGUACAUGUCUGACCGUAUAUAUGAUAAAAGUGACACCUCAGUUACAGUUCAAAGUAUCUUUUGUUUUGAGUGUGUGUAUGUUUGUGUAAAAACAUACUGCACGAGACACACACACACAAUUAAAUGCAUAUGUAGCCUACACACAUGGUUAUGAUUAAGUAGGAAAUAAAUGUACUGGUGAGACAAACUAAGAGAAAAUGUAAGCAAACAGUACAGCAUCAAGUUAAGAGUUGAAAGGUGACGGUCCAAAAUACAGUAGCAAUAAGACGUCUAUUUGUCUUGAAGUGCUGUUGAGUCCCUUUGUCGCCGUGUUCACACGUGUAGCUCUCCUCAACUGCAUACAGGCACUUGAAGGUGCGCCUCCUUUUUUCCUCACCUCGCCUCGCCAUCCUCCCUUCCUUCCCGGGAGCGUCACUGCCACAGACGAGUUCGGCUCUCACGGGUGCGCAGCAUGGCCCCUUUUACCUGCUCUCUCCUUCUUGUCUGCUUGUGUGCAGCAGCGGCGGCCCCCCUGGGGGACCCUUUGCGGUGGUUCUUCGGGUGCGUCGACGCCGGCGGCCUGCUUGACCCGCUAUCCCGUUGUGGCCCGGGCCUCGAUGGAGGGUUCAAUGUCGCAGCAUUAACUUCGGACAAGUGUUACUGCGUAUGUCAGUUGCAAGGCUUGAGAGCGAAUGCGUGCGUCAACGCUUCCUCUAACGAAGGCUCACAGGAGGUCAGGCGAGGGCAAAGAGCGGGAAAUUUGCCACUUGGCAGGAGAGAAGGACCGAUUUUGCGCCACAUGCACGUGUCGAUCCCACAGGAGAAGUCGCACGCCGGGAAGGCUUUUGUCCUGGAAGUUUGCGGGAAACUGGCGGGAUGCCUCGACCAGGUCACAGGGAUUCCGGGACUGGGUGGACCCGCUUACAUCACUGUGGAGUUCUUCUGUGGGACCCCAGAGUGUCAAAGUUCACAGCAGGUCAACGUGUCACAUGCUGGUUCCUUUGCAGUUUCAUAUCAACGGAUUUUGGAGGCGUCGGCCAAACAUGGAAUCGAGGUGACAGUCUCCAAACCCAUCUCCAAGCGUUGCCCCCCCCGGAGCUUCUGCGUCUUGCCGCCGCCGUCGGCGAUCUCUCCGCUUCACGGACGCCUCCUCCCACGGGAGAGCUCCCGAAGCGGGACCACGCAGGCUUCCAAUGCGGGGGAUGCCAUCACACCGCGGGCAUACGUGGCUGACGGGCCAGCGGCCCAGUUGCGCCGCUCGCUCAGUCACGGCGAGCGGGACCAGGAGGUGGGGGUCGAGAGGACUUGCGAGGGCCCGAAUAGCAGCCUGGUGCUGACGCGUCCUACGUCCCCCGACCUGCGUGUCAGCGCUCCCGACGUGAUUGACAGGGCCGUGAGCGUUGAUGCAGCAAGUCGAGCCGUUCCCACAAAUACGGAUGUGGCCUUCCUGGCUGUGACCGACGUGCCCGAGCCUCUUGAGUUUCUGUGGAAUUUUGGAGACUCUACAAAUGCCAGAACAAGCACCACGAACGUCACCAAAAGAUACCACGCUCCUGGAAGAUACAACGUAACAGUGAUGCUGUCUGAUGGCCACACCUCCUUCACCUCUGGAGUGUUGUCUGUAUUUGUGCAAAGAGCAGUGAAGCUCAACAAGUUGUUCCACGGAGCCUUUGUUCUUCGGAACCGCACGGCCACGGUGAGUUGCAGAGUCAAUUCCGGCACCGACGUCGCCUUCCUGUGGAACUUUGGCGAUGGGACGACAAGGCCGGGACGAAGCACUGAGCAGCACGUAUUCCUCAGGACUGGAGAGUUCCAAAUGGAAGUGACCGUGUCCAACCGGGUUAGUUCUGCCUCCCUAAGCAGCAUCAUUUUUGUCUUAGACCGCCCAUGUCAGCCUCCACCUGUCAAGAACACGGGCCCUCUCAAACUACAGGUGCGAAGACACGACGUCCUCCAUCUGGGGGUGUCGUACGAGGCUGACGUCGAAUGUGGCAUAUCGACGGGCCUCCAUUACACAUGGACCAUGCUUGACUCCGCGGGCCACAUUUUGCCUGUUCCCGACGCUCACAAGCAGAGGCUCGUACUUCCGGGACAUCUCCUAGACUACGACACCUACACUGCUACAGCCAAGGUCAAGGUAGUCGGCAGUGUGGUGUACAGUAACUACAGUGUGAGAAUACAAGUGAUGCCCAGCCCUCUUGUAGCUUCCAUCCAGGGCGGCACCAACAUCUUCAUUAACAACAGGAACAUCACCAUGGUAACUCUGGAUGGACGGCAUUCCUACAAUCCUGACUUCCCUAUGAAUCCGGUCAGCGUCAAAUGGACGUGUGAACCGGUCAGCUCGAUCAAGAGUUCCUGCUUCAACCGUCACGUUGCUACUUACUCUCCUGUGCUCGCCUUUCCCGCGAGCUCCCUCAAAGACAACUUUGACCAGUUUCGCUUCACCCUCACCGUCCACAGCGGAAAUCUGUCGGCGUUGACGGAAGCAUUUGUCACGCUGACGCCAAAUGUCGUCGGGAGGUUAACAGUAUCCUGUACUGAGUGUGAAGGAGACCAAGUAAACUGGGAUCAGUCGAUCUCAGUCAAAGCCAUAUGUGAAGGCUGUGAGGUUCCCCCAAACAGCACCCAGUACAUCUGGACUUUUCACAUGGUUAAUACUUCCUCCAAACCGGUAGUAGAAGUCCCAUUUUGUUAUAUGGUUGACCUCAGUGCCCCAGCCACCAUUAGAGAGAGCACAUCCAUGUCCGCCGGUUUGGCAGAACCUGUCCAUGGGGCUUCUCCAACCACCAUUGAUCCAGCAGGAACAGCUGUCGAUGGUAGUGUCCAUUUGGAUCAGAGGGAGAUCGGAAGUAAACUUCCUCUUGAUUACGACUCCUCGACAGACUGGGAUAGUGCUGACACGAGAGAUGGAACAGAUUAUGACGCGCCCUUGCAAAUCACAGAGGAAGGAGAUCCAGGAAUCUCAGCCGGGAGACCAACAGGUGUGGAUGUUCAGACCUCGAGUCCAGGAGAUGACCUGUCGUUCAACCCAGCGUCACAUGACCCCGAAGGGAGUAAUCUGUUGGAGUACAGCCCCGGGCAGGUGAUUCGGGAACAAACCUUGCUCGACCUCCCUCGAGACUUGGUAGAGGCGGGGUUGUUUGCGUCCUACACCUACACGGGAGUUUCCUCCGCGUUACUCAGCUUCAGACCUUUUAGUCUAAAGCCAGGCAGCAUGUACAUGCUGGAGAUCAUCGCCAAAUCUCAAAGGAGUAUUUUGGGCCGCACGCAACUAUUCUUGAGAACAAAGCCUGUCCCUAAAGGAAUGACAUGCCAGGUGCAACCGAGCAAAGGAGUGGAGUUAUACACACACUUCAGCAUCUUCUGCACCUCAGGGAGAGAGGACUUGCUGUACGAGUACAGCUUCAGUGUUGGGAGCGAACCUCCCAGGAUGUUGUACCGGGGGAGAAACUUUGAGUACUACUUCAGUCUUCCAUCCGGACAUCCCAAUGAUGACUAUAAAGUCACUGUAUACACACAAAUCAGAAGUAGCAUGUAUGGAUCGUCCAGCAAAGUCUGCCCUGUAACUAUACAAGUCCUGCCCAGCUUCUUCAGAAAUGUUUCCGCCAACAAUCCUGAUGUGGAAUUGUCCCAGUCAGGGCUGAAGAACCUCUCUGCGUUGAUUGUACUUGGGAACAGUGCGGAGAUUCGCAACUAUGUGAGUCUGUUGUCCGGCAUCCUGAAUAGACUCAGCUUGGACGGGCAGGCAGACCACCGCAUUCAGAGACGUAUACGUAGCGUGCUCAUCUGCACUGUGUGCGAGCUGGAAAGCAGUGACCAGGACUCAAUGGUAGACAACAUGAACAUUCUCAAAGACCUUUUACAAGUUACAAGACAGGUCACAUUAGCGAGUGUCGUACAAGUGGCAGCUCACGUGCAAGCCAUUUCGGCGACGCUUUCUCGACCCAGUGCACCGAAGCGGUACCGACUGGACCGGAGGACGCUUGACACACUGGUAAGCGUGUUAUCAUACAGUCUGGAGGCCGCUGUCACCGCUCGUGACGCCGCAGCCGAAACAUCGUACAUUGCUGAGAGUCAGUGCGAGACGGCAUUCGAGCCACAAACUGGAGUCAAUCCAGGAAAAGAUGUCACAGGCGCGGCCGGUGGUGAUUUGCGCGUGACACAGCAGCUGGAGCAGCUUGUGGAAAAUAUUCUACAUACUGCAUCUGAGCUGAUCCUGAAGCAUACCUUGUUGAGCAGAAUCCAAGAGCGCAGGGUCAGAGGUGGCCUCUUGUCUCUCUUUAGUGCGCAUCAGAACUUGUCAAUUCCAGUCAUUAGCAGUGGCUCGGCGGUCUUUUACAUACCUGCACCCCUGAUCCAUUCUCUCAGAGGAGAGUGUGUGCUCAGCCUCAUUGCUGAACUCAAGCGCUCGCCUUGGAUCCGGGCCCCCUAUCCUGGCAGGAUAAGUGGACCAGUGGUUGACUUGACUCUGUAUAAAUGCAGCACGAGAAGACAAAUCUCAUUUCGAUCGCUUGUUCAGCCAAUCAUUGUGGAGAUGCAACCAAGACAAGACAAAAAGGAUUCUGCACAUGAGCACACCCUCCUGCGAAACUCCAUCAACUACCACAGCUUCAACAUCACCCAGGAGCAUUUACAGCAGGCGAUCCAGUUGAGUGUGGCAUUCAUGCUGCCGCUCGACCAGCCAUUUCCCAUCAUGCUGCUCUUCAGGAUGUUUGCUAAGCCAGCUCCAAGCAUGCACCACCUGCAGAGGAUUCACCUCUGGGAGACCAACACCACUCGCAUCACCCUGCCACCAUCCUACCUCAACGCUCCAGGGGUUGGUUACUUGGCGUUGUUAAACAGUGACUUUGGUAAGCCAGUCAGACACAAGCAUCUGAGCAGCCAGAUCAUGUACACUCUGGCGGUGGACGCCAGCCAGUGCUUGUCCUUGGACCGCCCAAAGGGGGCCUGGACGCGGCUGGCCUGCAGCACACACCAAGCAGACAGAACCGAUGCUGUCAACUGCAGUUGUCACCAGUUGAGGACGCUAACUGUUGUGCGAAAGCAGAUUCAGAGUAGCUUUGAAGCAGCCGACCUGGACCCAUUCCUCAGUGAGUCCACUGAUGCGACUGUCCUGGUUGUCGUGCUGCUGCUUACGUGUCUGUACAUCCCAGCGUUUGCAAAAUGCAGGAGAGCAGACGUCAUCUCGGAGCAGAAUCCACGCGUCCACUACCUAAACGACAACUGUCGAUCGGACCCCCACCUCUACGCCGUUACCAUCCACACCGGCCUCUGCUCUGCGCACAGACUGAGUGCGAAGGUUUACAUCGCACUGCACGGAGGCGACGGCAUCUCGCAGACUAGAGAACUAUAUGUCCCAGGAUGCACUCUGUUCAGGAGGAACUCACGAGACACCUUUAUACUCAGUGCAGCGGAUAGUCUGGGUCCAGUGUGGGGGGUGCACAUCUGGCAUGACAACUCAGGACCUUCCCCACAUUUUUACCUCAAACUAGUGGAAAUACGUGAGGUGGGCCGAGUUAACAAGGAGGCACGAACAUGGCUCUUUGCGAGCCAGUGCUGGUUGUCCGUGAGCAAAGGCGACGGGCGAGUCGGGAGAAUGCUGCGUGUUUGCACUCGCGCGAUAGGCCGAGCUCAGAUGUUACGCCUCAGGUUGUGCGACGACCUGGCUGACUUCCACAUGUGGAUGUCUGUGUACAGCUGCCCUCAGCCGCACUCAUUCACGCAUAUGCAAAGACUUAGCGUAUGCCUGCUUCUAUUUGCGGGGUAUGCGUGUGUCAAUGCGCUGAUCAUAUCGCAAAUGGAUGAAGCGCUACAUUUUGAGGUGGGCAUUACUGCUGUAUCGGCUGUGUCUCUGACAACCGGAGUAUUAAGUGCGGUGUCGGUGUUGCCCACGGCAACACUGAUAACGCUCCUUUUUCGAAUGCAUGACGUGAAGCUGGUGAUGGCAGAGGAAGGAACACAGACUGACCAGGACUCCGGGGAAGUGAACGAUACGGAAGCCUUCAAGAAGAAAUAUCAGGAUGCGGAUAAGAUGGUCACAAAGGAUGUGCACAACAAGGACAGUGGACUCCGGACAGACGUUAUUCCAAAACAGAUGGGCCUUCAAGAACAAGCCUUUUUCAAGGGUGGAAGUGAAAGCGGCUGCUUUGACCGGGCAGCCUGGUUUGAACACAGCAGACAUCUUUUUGUUUUUGACAAGCUGAGAUGGAGGAAAGUAGCAUGUCGGUGGUGUUACUAUGCGGCCUGGACGCUGUGUCUGCUUUUGUCCAUUGCUGGUCUAGUGCUCGCGGCACUGUUGGGACUCAGGUUCGGCAGUAAUAAGCCGCAACUUUGGCUACAUUCUCUCUUCAUCUCCUUGUUGUUAUGCAACUUCGUGAUCCAGCCAAUUGUGAUCCUCGCAGUCAGUGUGACUGUCUCCAUUUGGUACAGAAAUAGAGUAGACUUUCAUCGUCUGUCCGGAAUCCUUUUGAAAGCAGAAGAGCAGCGCACUUCCGCACUCCAAUCAGAGAGAUGCUUAGACGUCGAAAAGCUUCUUGGGCAGCGUCACCGAGCGAGAUUUCUCCGUCUUGUGUGUCCGGCGACUGCUGCGGAGCUGAGGCCGACUCGAGGACACAGAAGACGUGAGGCUUUGAUUCGCAAAACCCUCAGGGAUUUGUGUUUCUCGGUCGCUCUGCUGCUCCUGAUGUCGUGCAUUUCCCACGGCAGCUCAUUCAGCGACCACUACCGCCUCCAUAAAGCCGUCAGACAACAGUUUGCUGUUGGGGGGGAGCAGCCUUCAUUCAUGCCCAUACAGAAAUACGAAGACUGGUGGAAGUGGACGCAGAGCAGUUUGCUUCAUUUACUGUACAAGAAUCCCUCUGCUGCAAUGAAGUCUGACGUCUUCCAACGAUCAUACGUCUUGAUCGGAGAGCCCGUCGUAUGGACGACGCAGCUCUGCAGGAAAAGAUCGUCCACAUGCCCUCCGUGCGCACACCUGGGCUGCAACGUAGGACCCAAUGGCGCGGUUCGACUCGGCCACGCGAGGUCUGACGCCACAUCUCGACGGAAGGCCUCGCAUUGUCGUGGCUGUACGGUAUGGAAGGCGCAGUUCACCUUGUACAGCCCUGCUCCUGACUUGUUCACCGCUGUGACCCUGCUGGCUGAGCAGAGCCCCGCGGGCACCCCGUCGACCUCAGCCACAGUCCAGUCAGCGAAGGUUUACCACACACCCACUGUUUGGGACUAUGUCGUCUCUGUCUGCCAGCUGCUAUUCCUCUGUUUGUCUCCGCUGCAUCUCUGCGUCCAAGUUGGCACUGCAUGGCAGAAAGGCCCGAUGGGAUACCGCGCAGCACUCUCCGACUGGCUGCAUGCAACGAUACGAAUAGUGAUCUUCAUAUACUCUUAUCAUGACGUCUACCGCUCUGCGGAGGCCGCGGAGGUCGUGGAGCUGCUGCAGAGGAACGACGGCAAGCAACACGUGGAUGUCAGCCUCCUGGCUGCGAGGGAACAACUUAUUCGCUCGCUUCGCGGUCUUCUCCUCCUCCUCCUCGCUGUCAAGUGCGUGACCACGCUGAGGCUAAACGGCUCCGCGACCCGCUUGGCCUGCUCAUUCCCGAACCUCGUGUCAGCUGUCCUCCUGCUGCCGGUUGUACGCUCCCUUCACACUUUGCUCUGUAACAGCUCGGACCCCAAGGCCAUUGGCGGUCUCCUCCAUUAUGAACGUUCAUCCCCAAGCCUCCGAACUGUCUGCCUGUCGUGCGCUCUUGUGAUGACGGCCGUCAGGUCCUCAGCAGGCGGUAAAAGGCGUCGAAGCAGAAAGGAGGCGUGCGCUUUGACGGAAUUAAGCGGCUACAUUCGACGGAGGGUCCGUGAGCUCGCUGGGCGCGAAGGAUCAAUGAGGCCCGCUGUGGAGCGCAAGACUUACUACCUGGAGGAGUUUGAAAGUUUAGUGGAUGAGCUUUUGCUCAGACUAACCAGGCUGAACCACACGCUAGCCCGUGUUGACCAUCAUGUCCCUGUAGACCCCCUCCAUGAGCCCACCGCCGCUCAGAACAUUGCAAGAACACACUCGAUAGAACCGGAACCCCAGGCGAAUGGUCCGACACGUCUCAGUCGCUGUGAAGACGCGACGCCCGCCUCUCACCUUCGCAGCGCGGCAUUGCCUCAACCAAGUGGAAGGGGUGGACAAUCAGAAUCCAUGGUAGAGGAGCUUCAAAGUGGGCAAGCAGAGUGUCAUUCAGUCCUAAGUGGUGCUCUUGAAAGGCAAACCAACCUCACGACCAGGACAAGUGCCAGAUUUUUGUCUGUUGUUAAGUGUAGGACAACUACUGAGGCGACACAUGCAGAGGAAUUGGUGGAAGUUCUGAUCCAUGACGAGCCUUUCUAAACAUUCUUUAAAUUGUACAUCGGGACACAAUAUGCAUUGAUGGCGCUGUAAAGGAAUAUUUUUGAAUUUCUGAAUGAAUGAAUAAAGGACAUUUUUAAAAGCUCAACACCCAACAAAAACUGUGUCAGUUAAAUACAGCAGAAGCCCCUGCGCUUUUUCUUCCUGAAGAAGAAGUAAAGGGUACUUCUUCUUUUCCUGACACCACACACAUAAGAACUCGCUUCGUCUUCGACCCUCAGUAGCUGGAUUUCCACCGGCAACCUGUAGGUUAACAGCGCCGCUUGCAGACGUUUUUAACCCAGGCCACGACCGAUCCGGUAUGGAAUUCUUUGAAUGAACUCUCAUAUUUGUUUGGCAAAGUUUGAAGCCAGAUGACGCAACCCUCUGCAUUUAUCCGGGCUUGGGAAACCUACAAUUUGCUAUACGGCUGCUUUAUCUUAAUAUAUUAUCAAAUGCGGCUUGUCUAUUUGAUCACAUCAAAUUAUGCUGGUGCACUGUUACCUAUAGUGGCUGCGGAGUGUAUUAGCAUCAUAUACUGUAGAUUUCUGGCGUACCUAGCAAACAAUCUCCAUUAUGCCAUAAAGGCCCAUUAAAUCACUACUUGUG